GUGCACGCGAGAACGAGAAAUGAGUCUCUUUUUUAUGAAGUCAUUAUUAUUGACCAUACCCUUCUUGCUAAAUAUUUGAUGAGGUUGUCGACAACUGAACCAUUUCAGGACACCGAGUGGCAGUUAUUGAAUGUAAUCUUAUUAGUCUGGGGAAAGGUCUUCGAAGUUGUUUUGGAAAGUGUCCAGGGUUUCAUUCGAUUCUGAGCUUCUUAUUUUUUUUAUGAAACAUCCAAGUGACAAUUCUACCUGAGUUGUGAAGAAUGUUUCGCAAGCUUCUCGUGGCAAACCGCGGUGAGAUCGCGUGCCGUGUCAUCCGCACUGCCAAGCGCCUUGGAGUGAAGACCGUGGCCGUCUAUAGCGAGCCUGAUGGAGACUCCUUGCAUGUCCGCACGGCCGAUGAAGCAUACUGCAUUGGCCCGGCUGCCUCUGAUGAGAGCUAUCUCAAUAUGCAGGCCAUACUUGACGUUGCUAAGCGAACUGGCGCACAGGCAAUCCAUCCCGGCUACGGGUUCCUCUCCGAAAACUCUACCUUUGCCAAGCGGUGCACAGAUGAAGGGAUUGUGUUUGUGGGACCACCGCCCACGGCCAUCCAGCAGAUGGGUCUGAAGGACCUGUCAAAAAAGAUCAUGGAUGAAGCCGGUGUUCCUAUCAUUAAAGGCUACCAUGGUCAGGAGCAGAGUGUCAGCUUUCUGCGUGAACAGGCACAGCAAAUUGGAUAUCCAGUCAUGUUGAAGGCUGUCAUGGGUGGCGGUGGAAAAGGAAUGCGAAUAGCUCGCAGUGAUGACGACUUUGAGUGGCAGCUGCAGCAGGCAAAAGACGAGGCGAUGAGUGCUUUCAACGAUGACCGAAUGAUCAUGGAGCAGUAUGUAGAACGGACAAGGCAUGUGGAAGUUCAGGUGUUUGCAGACACCCACGGCAACACUGUCUACCUGUUCGAGCGUGAUUGCAGUGUCCAGCGACGUCAUCAGAAGAUCAUAGAAGAGUCUCCUGCUCCUGACUUGACGGAUGAAGAUCGCAGACAGAUUGGGGAGGCAGCUGUUCGUGCUGCAAAGGCUGUUGGAUACGUGGGAGCAGGCACUGUGGAGUUCCUGAUGGAUGCUGACAAGAAAUUCUACUUCAUGGAGAUGAACACUCGUCUGCAAGUGGAGCAUCCAGUUACGGAGAUGGUUACUCGCACUGAUCUCGUGGAGUGGCAACUGAAGGUGGCAGCCGGUGAGCCGCUGGCCUUGCAGCAGUCUGAUAUCCGACUGCACGGCCAUGCGUUUGAGGCCCGUGUCUAUGCGGAGAAGACGGGAGACGGGCCGGAUGGUCCUACUUUCAUGCCAAGUUCUGGGAAUCUAUUCUACAUCUCACCACCAGAGACAAGCAGUGACGUUCGUGUAGACACUGGAGUUGUGCAAGGUGAUGACGUCCUCACGUUUUAUGAUCCAAUGAUUGCCAAGCUGGUCGUCUGGGCGCCUGAUCGUCUAGCUGCUUUGGAGAAGCUGCGCCAAUCCUUGCGCCGAUAUCAUAUCGUUGGACCAAGCACGAACAUUGGCUUCCUUGAUCGACUUGCUGGUAAUGAGGAGUUUGCGGCUGGCCGCGUCCACACAGACUUCAUACCGGAGCAAGGUCGGAAACUUUGCUCUUCCUCAACUCAACUUCACAGUGAGGCUAUCGCACAGGCUUCCCUGUUCUUACUGUUGAUGCAGGACCGCACAAAUCCACUGUCUCAAGAUUCAUUCUCUCCGUUCCAGAGUAAUUCAGCGGCUCGUCUCAACAUGGACAGGUCACGGCAUGUGCGUCUGGCGGAUGGAGAAACAUUGGUUAACGUACGUGCUGAAGUAGCUGGCGGUGAAGGUUACCAGCUUCAUAUUGAGAGGGUAGCCAAGCCUGCAGCCAAGCCAGCAAAGAAGCCAGCAAGUCCAGCAGCACCGCUGGAAACUGACACUUGCCAUGUUGGUGGCGUUCUGAGCAAAUUGCCUGGUGAGAAACAUGGUUGGCUGCUGUCGGCCCGUGUCGAUGGCAAACUCUGCAAGUUGACUGGAGUAAUACAUGACGGGACAUUGCAUUUAUUCACAGAGAACGGCGAAGUUCAAGUGCCACUUUACAAGCCCGGCUUUGUUGGAAGUACUAGCUUGCUCCAAGACUCUGGCAAUGUACUGUUUCCGCCGCUGAAUGGAAAGGUCAUAAAGGUGUUAUGCCAGAGCGGUGACAAGGUGGAAAAAGACACCGUACUUGUCGUGAUUGAGGCGAUGAAAAUGAAGUAUGAGAUGAGAGCACCUCGCAAUGCUGUUGUUGAUAAGGUUAUGACUCAUGAAGGCAACCAAGUAACAGGGAAAACCGCCUUGGUAACAUUUGUGGAAGAGAGCGAGGAAGUUGACUAGAUCUUGAUAUCUGCCGUGUUCUUUUAUUUUAUUUCAUGUUAGACACUACAUUGUACUUCUUCUUUUUAUUAGAUAAUUCAAUAAAUUGCCCAUUAUUGUGUGUCCUGCCCCCCCUAUUCUGCUGGCACCUAUGGCUUGCAUAGUGUAGCAGUAUUAUGUAUUAAAUUUUAAGAUUUGAUCACAUGUAUGAGCACGUUGUGUGAAGGGUGCUGGCAUCCCAGUGCAGAAAUUCGCUUGUUUAUCUCACGUCUGAUGCUGCUGGCUGCAUGAUUUCAAACACGUGCUCAUUUUAGAAUGUCAAUUUCAGUCCUAUACUAUCAUUGCGCUGUCUUUUGUUGGUGUACUUCUGCAAUGGUGUUCAUAUAGCUAGACAUUUACCCCUGUCCCAAGUUCAGUACGUCUUUUCACAUCCUCAUUGACUGCUUUUUAAUGUCAUUUCGCUGUGUCUUAUGUAUUUAAUUUUUCAUCCGGUAGUUUAGUGUCGUCUUGGGAAAAUUGGCCUCGAGCCCAACUUCCAAUACAAUUGUAGUUUCAUUUCA